AGAAACGCGGACAACGCCGCUGCCGACACAGGAGUUCUUGAGAGCAAACCUCCCGAAAAUGAAAAUGCUCCUAGCAGCACGACCAAGGCAGGUAAUGCGGAGCCAGGAGAUGGGGCACUCUUGAGCUUGAAGGUGAUUGAAGACACUCCGAUGCUGAUUUCCAUC